AUGGCAGAGAUGCAUCCAGCCUACCCGCGCAUCACCCGCAACCACUCGUGCUUCUCCUGCCAGCAGCGCAAGGUGAGAUGCGACGGCCAGCAGCCAUGCUCGUCCUGCCGCAGAAACGGGACAGACUGCGUGCCAGGAAGACGGACGAAGCCGUCGAUGCAGCGGCGAGAGACCAAGGCUGCUGUGGCGGCCAGCGAGCGUCUGAUGCGCCGGUUGCGCUGCUGCGAGGAAGCGCUGAGAGCCCAUGGGAUCCAGGUCGACGACGAGCAGACGGGCGAGUCCGCCUCUAGAGAGCUUCUGCUGCCCUCACCGGCGCCUCCGCAGGGGCAGAUGAUAGUAAAGUCGACAGACUCGCGUUAUGUUGAGAAUUGGCUGUGGAAGGGCCUAACGGACGAGCUGCAAGGUCCAGAAUAUCUGGACCGAGAAGAGGAAGAGUCGCAGUUUGAUACUGCACAGAGCCAGCCCCUGAGCAUCUUUGACGGCCGCCUCGUCGAGAUUCAGGCGCUCCAUCCGCCUGCGCCGCAGCUCUUCCAGCUGUGGCAGAUCUACUUGAACAACGUGAACCCGAUAGUCAAGCUGUUUCACUCGCAGACGGUGCAGCGGAUGGUCCUCGACGCGGCCGCAGACCUGGGGAACGUCUCCCGCGGCACGGAGGCCCUGCUCUUUGCCAUCUACACAUCCGCAGUCACCUCGACGGACGAAGAGACCUGCCAGAGACUGCUGGCCGAGUCCAGGGCUGCCCUCAUCAGCCGCUUCUCCAAGGCGGCCAAGCAGGCCUUGACAAACGCCGAGUUCCUCAGGUCGACCAACAUCCUCACCCUGCAGGCUCUCACUCUAUAUCUGCUGGCGACACGCCAUACGUAUGAGCCACAUACGCUCUGGCUGUUUACUGGGAUUGCGUCUCGCACGGCCAGGGCCAUGGGCCUGCACCGCGAGGCCAGCCUCAGAGGCUUCUCCGUCUUCGAGCAGGAGAACCGCCGACGGCUCUGGUGGCAGAUCCUCAUCCUCGACAGCCGGUCCGCCCAGCUGUCCGGUGUGGCCGUGAGCCCGGACUCGUAUCUCUUCUGGGACACCAAGUGCCCGCUCAACCUGAACGACAGCGACCUUGUCCCGUCCAUGCGAGAGCUGCCGGCCGAGUACGAUGGGCCGACAGAGAUGCUCUUCUGUCGCAUCCGGUUCGAGGUCGGCGAGUGUAUGCGCAAGCUCAAGGCCCUGGAGCAUCGCCAUGGCGGCCAGGGCGGUGCGGCGCGCAUGGCAGAGGAGAGCCAGCUCAUCGACGAGCUGGAGGCCUGUCUGGAGCAGCGUUAUCUCAAAAAGUGCGAUCCCUCCAUCCCCUUCCACCUCCUGGCCAUCUAUCUCGGCCGCUCUUCGGUCUGCCAGAUGCGUCUGUCUACCCAUAACCGCCAACGAUACUCCGAUCAGGGGCCUGCCGCCCUCACCCAGGCGGAAAAGGACCAUGUCUUCAGCCUGGGCCUCGAUAUAAUCGGAUACGACAACCUUGCAUGCUCUAACCGGUCCCUCCAGCCGUACCGCUGGCACAUAGCCAUGGCCUUCCCCUUCGAGGCCCUCAUCCUCGUCCUGACAGAGCUAUUGGCCCGCUUCGAGGGAGACCAGGUAAAACAGGCCUGGGAGAAGGUCAACCAGCUCUACCUCGACCACCCAGAGCUCACCACGGGCGCGAGAUCCAACACCCUCGUCUGCGCCCUGGUUGGCCUGACGACCAGAGCAUGGGACAAGCUCGUCUCCAUGACCCAGAACCAGCAUCUUCUCCAGCAGGCCGUCGAGCCGCCAUCGAUCACCAGGCUCCGCAACCUCCGCAGGGCGCCCUCCCAGCCCCCAUCUGUAUCCCCAAUGGCUGACCCCCCCGCCGGGGAUGUUGGCGGAGAUCUCGUCGUGGCUGGUGCUGAUGCCAUGAUUCCCUCUCCCGUGGAUGUAUCGCAAGUCGAUUGGACUUACUGGCAGGCUCUGAUCGACGGAGAGGGUUCCUUUCAACGGUGA